GGAAUCGAAGCUUCGAGCUAUCGCGAUAAGGCCACCCGAAGUCCCCGUUUGUUUUCUAGGGCUUUCGGCGCUCUCUCUCGAUCGUGUGGUUCUCGCCGGAAACCGGUGGCGGUGACGUCGGUGGGCUAGGGUUUCUCUUCGCUGGCAAUCGCGAACCAUGGCAGGAAAGGAAGUGCGAGAGUACACCAACCUCAGCGACCCGAAAGAUCGAAAAUGGGGGAAAGGGAAGGACAAGAUCGACGACGAGGACAUCACGUUCCAACGGAUGGUAGCAAAGAUGCAGGAAGUUGCCGGUGAACGUGGAGGCUACCUUCAUGGGCGAGGCGCUUUGGACAGUGAUGACUUGCUGUAUCUAAAGGAACAGAUGGAAGCUGAGGAAGAUGCUGAGCGUCUUCUACGGUGCACUGAGAAACAAGCUUUUGCUGCAUUUAAGAUAUCCUCGUGUGUUCGAGUUGCAUAUGUUGACAUAUUUUUUGUUCUUGCAUCAUUGUUUUGUUUUUCUUUCGUUCUUUGACUCUCUUAGUACAAAGCUGCAAAUCUGGUGGAUUCAUCACCUGCACCUUUGCCCUUGCUACUUCGGGUUGAACCGAAGCCCAAGACUGGCAUAAGGUGAUGUUGGACUUAUCAUUGGCUUAUGUUAACAUAUUUUUUGUUCUUGUAUCAUUGUUCUGUUUUUCUUUCUUUCUUUGACUCUCUGAGUACAAAGCUGCAAGUCUGGUUGAUUCCUCACCUGCACCUUUGCCCUUGCCGUUGCCGCUUCGGGUUGAACCGAAGCCCAAGAGUGGCAUAAGGCAGCAAGAUCUCUUGAAAAACAUUAUUGGAAUCAAACCUAAACGGCAGAAAGUUUCAAGUCCUAGUUCACUGCAAUCUGAACGACCGACUGUCUCAUCAACUGGAGACGGUGAGGGACAACCGGGGAAGAAUAUCUCUCAUUCAACGCCAUCCAAAACCCAGAAAAAUGCAUGUCUGGCAGCUAAUGUUGCAACGCAGGAGCAGCAGGAGCAGCCGGUGCGAGAAGAUACUUCCAUGAAAACUAAUGGCGACGAGGCCAAUCAAAAACCAGAAUAUACUGUUAAAAGUUUGCUAGGACUGGCUUAUGAAAGUUCUGAUGACGAAUGACCAGAGGAAAAUAUACAACCAUAGCAUCCUCGGGAAUUUUCUCUUCUAUUUUGUUUUCACUACAACUUAGUCGUUGUAGGUCUGUCUUGUUAAUUUUCUAAUGUGAGCAAACCUGUUGGUAGAAGAUACAACUCUUCGGCUAUUUUUACCCAAACCACGUUCCACAAUACAUCAAUGCAAUUAUAUCUGAAGGAGCAAUUUUUAUGCUCCAAACUGGA